AUGCAAAGUAUUCAGGCUAUCGCAGCCAGACGGAGGAGCAGCCAGGCUGGAAAACUCCCAGACGCCCGUCCACAACCUGAACCUUUAAUCGACCGUCUUUCAGCGGGAGGACAGCGCAGCCCCGACCCUAAUAUCAGCGAGCGGCGUCCAAGUCAAACCCGACGAGAGCGGGCCCUAGCAGCCAUCCAAGGCUGCGGAGAUGAGUCCAGACUCGGGGCCAAACGAGGCAGUGCAGAUGGCUCUCCCCUGGACGACACAGGCCUCCUCAGAACAAGCAUGUUUUCAUUGGCUCUUUCCGCCGCUGGACCUCACCACGGCGCUGAUGCCAAAGCGCUGACCAGCAUCUUCGGGGCCUCCCUCUCCCUCUUCAGCCCUUCUUUACUGGUGCAGCUGGCUCUUUCGAAGGCUCAGAUCCACACAGAGUGA